GGUGCUGUUAUUCACCUAUCGAUUGAGAAAGGGUCAAUUUAAUCCCCUGGCAAUUACCAAACUGAUUUUACAUAAACUGCAUUACACCUGCCGACAGACUGAAAUCAGGCUGCCUCUUUUCUGUGCACAUCUCAAUUGAUUUUUUCAACUGGAUGAGUGAUGACGUUAUUUUGGCUCACAUAAUCUCAGAAGGGAUUGUUGCAUGAGAUUUGAUAGGAGAAUGUGGAACAAGCUGUGUUGCUGCCUUCUGCUUGCCACAAUUUUCUUCUGUUUGCCAAACCGUUUCCAAGCUCAAAACCAAAAUUCUUCAGAUUUCUUCCAGAACUUGGCAUGUGUAACACAUGACAUAGAAUACCUGCUGUGCUCUUGGAGUACCCCACCCCUUGCAAACGCUGCCAUUGAUUACAACAUAUGUUAUAGGUCUUCUGAGCCUCAAAGAUGUUUUCAGACCAACAAAACACAAUUAGAAGUCGAAUUAAAGACGUUCACUAGCUAUGACAUAAAAAUUACAGCCAUGACUGAUUUGGGUCCUGUGCAGAUACAUUUUCAAAAAACUACUCUGGAUAUCCCGUUUAUUCCAUAUACUCCAAUGAUUCGCUCCUUCAGUCCCGAUUACUUAUCCGAUACUCUUAGUGUGACCUGGAGAUGGGAUACUUCCAGUUGUGUUGAUGGUGUGCCAGUGAAAUGGGAGAUUCAGAUACUUCGUAGUGAAAACCUGAUAAUUGUGAAAACGGAAGAGUUGGUUACAGAAUGCAGUCAGGGUAGCACUGAGUUCCAGUGGCAGUGGACCUCUGAUAUGUCGUUGGAAUGCACUUCACACUCUGUACGAAUCAGAUGUUAUGUUGAAGAGGAACAUUAUGAAGGACACAAGGAGUGGAGUGAAUGGAGUGAUCUGCAAACAGUAUUUGGUAACCCUCAAGAAAACGCAUAUCCCCAAGAUAAAGUGGUUGCUGUUGGUUCAAACAUAACAUUUUGCUGCACUGUGAAUGGACUACAUAAUACUAUUCAGUUUCAAUCGACCGAAUUUCUACCAAUUCACAUCAGCAAGAACACCAGCUAUGUUCAGCUAAAGAAUCUUAACAUGUCAGGGGAUAGUGGGGACAACCUUGUAUGUAACACAAGCAAGGAGGAUGAGCCAUUCGGAUCUGUAAUCUUUGUCGGGUAUCCUCCAGACAUACCUCAGAACUUCAGCUGUGAAACUCAUGACCUUAAAGAGAUUAAAUGUACAUGGGGUUGUGGAAGAGAAACUGGGUUGAUGGGAGAACGUUCAACACGAUACACGUUCUAUGAAAGCAACUCCAGAAUAAACAUAUCCUGUAAUGAAGACAACUGUAUCUUUAAAAUAUUAAAAGGGCAAAACUUGUAUAAUUUUACUGUCAGAGGAAUUAAUGUCUUGGGCCAAUCAGAAGCCUUUCUUACAAUCAAUGCAACAGAAAGAGUUCAUCUUUUGCCUCCCGGAACACUGUCCACUGGUAAAAAUGACCCUACACAAGUAUUUCUGUCUUGGCAACUAACUGGGAGGCUGACUUCACUACAACUCCAAUGUCAAAUUGAAACUAGUGACGGCAAAGGAACGCAAAUGCUUAAUGUCACCUUUUCUGGACUAAAUGAUGGAUAUUACAACUACUCUGUCACCAAUUUGCAUCCGUAUCACCGGUAUGAUUUUCGUGUAAGAUGUGCAGCUUUCAAUUCUUUCUGGAAGUGGAGUGACUGGAGCGUUAGGAAAAAGCACCAUACAUCGGCAGCAGCUCCUUCUAGAAAGCUCACUGUUUGGAGAGAAAUCACAUGGGCUUCUGGAAACCGAACAAUAACAGUCUACUGGAAGCCCUUUUCUAUCACCGAAGCUAAUGGACCAGUACAUUACUAUGAAGUGUCUUGGAAACCUCUUAAAGGCAACAUAAAACCGAAAUCUGCCCAUGUGUCUUCAAAUCACAGUAAUAAGCAGAUAAUUCUUAACAACGAUAAAGAAGAUUAUGAAAUUAGUGUGGUAGCUAAUAAUUCAGCUGGAUCAUCUCCUCCAUCAAGAAUAACAACUGUACAGCUGCCAAAUGAUCACGUUGAAGUUGAACAGCAAAUUGGUACUUCAGAGGGCAUUAACAUCACGUGGCUGCAGGAUACAAAUGUUUCUUGUGGCCAUGUUAUAGAAUGGAGAUCUUUAUCAAACUCUUCCUCCCCAUUGCUGUGGAAUCAACUGCCAUCUCAUAGCACAAGUGCUUUCAUCCACUCAGGUCAAUUUCCCGCUGGUGAAAGGCAUAAUAUUUCGGUGUUCAGUUGUAAAGACAAUAAAUAUAAGCUUUUGAAGAUGGUCACUGGAUACACGCAAGAAUUAACUCCAGCAGUAGCACCAAAUUUUACUGUAGAAAGAACAUCUUCAGAGUCUGUGCAUAUAAAAUGGGAUACCAUUCCAGACAAAGAGCUCCGAGGCUUCCUGCAGGGAUAUGUUGUUUAUGUUGUUAAGCAGGAACAAGAUACGCCUCAUGCUGACGCCAAAGACUUGGUUUUACAUGCGGAGAAGAAAGAGAUAAAAAAUGUCACUGACCCAACGCAAACAAACAUGACAAUAGGAGGUCUUCAGGGUGGAACAAGUUAUUACCUGGGAUUUGUGGCCUAUACCAGGGGCGGGCAAGGACUGAUGAAUGUAUUGAAUGUAGUGACCAAUGACAAUGCUAUGGGUCUGAUUCUUGCCAUUCUUAUUCCAAUUGUGAUUGCUGUUCUACUGAGUAUACUGACAAGUACUAUAUGUUAUCAAAAAAGAGAAUGGAUUAAGGAGACAUUUUACCCAGACAUACCAAAUCCAGAAAAUAGUAAAGCUUUGCAGUUUCAGAAGAAUGUCACUGAGGGCAACAAAAAUGUCAAAGUAUUGGAGAUGAACCCAUGCACCCCAAACAAUGUGGAAGUUGUGCAAACCAUCCCUAAAGUCCUGGAUACUGAACUAAAUUCUCCAAUCACUGAUGAUCUUAUUAAGCUUCCAGAGGAUGGCUUGGAAACAACUGAUAAUCAUGUGGUUGUUUCUUACUGCCCACCUGCAACUAAUGAGGAUACAUCUCAUGCAGAACUGGACCAUUCUGGGGUUUCCUCCCAGGUCGUCUAUAUUGAUGUGCAGUCCAUGUAUCAGCCACAGGGAAAUUCAGAAGAAGAACUUGAAAAUGAUUUGGACACUGCUGGUUACAAGCCACAAAUGCAUCUUGCUAUUAAUACUGUGAAUAUGGACAGCUGUGUAUCUUCAGAGGAUACCUUGGCAGAAGCAUCAGGAUACAGACCUCAGGGGAACCCCCAAACCUGGGCUGCGGAGUCUCCAGGUUCUCCAUCAUCUUUGGAAAGUAACAUUGAUAAUGCUUCGUUUGGAAGUCCGUGCUCUGUUAACUCAAGACAUUUUCUCAUCCCUCCUGUGGAUGAUAAAGACUCCCUUAAACCUACUCACGUUGGGUGGUCUAUUAGUUCUCUGUUUCAGAACAAGCAAGAUGACUGAAUCUGGAAACAGUGAAGCAAACAAGCUUUCUGUACUUGUUACACAAUAUAACAUAGAAGGAAGGAACUAUGUAUUUGGAGUAGUUUGCCCACUUUUAGUGAAAUGUUUUAUUUUAUUUUUUUCCUUCCAUUUUUGUGUCCCAAAAAACAAGUGGAUCGCUUGUGAUGGGAUAUAGACACUUUGUAUGAGAUAUUCUUUUAAAGUAGCAAAAAGAUCAGUGCCACCUACUGAUUAAAAUUUUUUGGGCAGGGUGUACUUUUUUUUUUUUUUUUUGCUAAUAUGCCCAUAAACCCCCUAUAAGAUAUUCUACUUUCUUUUAAAAAUCAUUUUAAGAGGGGGCAGCACCAAUACUCACUAAUUUGUUGCAUUUCGUUUUUUGUAAUGCACUUCGUAAUGUUCAGUGGCCAGUUUUUGAAGAGACUGUAUAUUUUCUUUAAUUAGCAACAGUUUGUGUAAAAUAUGCACUUUAUUGUUUUUGUUUGGUUUUUUUUUUGUCACACAAAAUUCCACUUU